CAUUCCAGUACCUCGUGUGCGGCUCCAGCAUGGAAAACACCAUGGACUACAUGGACGAUUGGUUUUCUGAUCCAGAUUUGUGGCAACACAACAACAGUUUCUCGUUCAAUAUGACGGCUGCUAACACCAGCUCUGUUCACAUGGGUAUCAUGUCCCCAGUAAUGGACAAAACCAUCAACAUACUUCUGAUAAUUGUCUUAUUCAUCACCAUGGUUUCACUGGGAUGCACCAUGGAGGUGUCCAAGAUCAAGGGUCAUAUAGUGAAGCCUAAAGGGGUGGCGAUAGCAGCGUUGGCCCAGUACGGCGUCAUGCCUCUUACAGCCUUCUGCUUAGCUAAGUUUAGUAUUACUGCGUUCCAGCUGGCUGAAAUGACGGCUGUGGUGGUUUUGAUCUGUGGCUGCUGCCCUGGAGGAAGUGUCUCCAACAUCCUGGCUCUGGCUCUGCAGGGGGACAUGAACCUCAGUAUUGUGAUGACUUCCUGCUCCACUGUGCUGGCUCUGGGCAUGAUGCCCCUGUUGCUCUACCUCUACUGUCAGGGUUUCACUAACCUGCAGAACGCCGUGCCCUACGUCGACAUCAUUAUAUCAUUGUUCAUGAUCCUCAUACCCUGCGGAAUCGGCAUCCUCAUCAACUACUACAGGCCGCAGUACGCCAAGACCAUCACAAAGGUCGGCCUCUUGAUACUGAUGAUUGCCGUCAUAGUGAUCGGCAUCCUCUCGAGCAUUGGGAUCGGAGAUUCCAUCCUGAUGGUGCUGUCUCCUCCUCUGAUGGCCAUCGGGGCGCUCAUGCCUCUCAUUGGCUACUCCUUCGGAUACAUCAUCUCCUCAAUCUUCAGACUCAACCAGUCGGAGAGGAGGACUGUCGCUAUGGAAACAGGCUGUCAGAACAUCCAGCUGUGCUCCACCAUACUGAAGAUAGCCUUUCCCCCUACAGUGGUUGGCUCUCUGUUUCUGUUCCCCUUGGUCUACGCGUCCUUCCAGCUGAUAGAGGCGUCCAUGCUCAUCGUGGUGUUCAGGUGUCACCAGUGGUUCACACGAAAACAGAAAGACACAUACCAGCCAGCAACCACCGAAGACAAGCCCAAAGAGCUGUGUGAGGGGACGGUAUGAUGGACAGGCCUCAAACAUCUCCUGAAUUUCUUCCAGUACUGUGAACUCCUGUUGACGAAAGCCCAGUGGAGGCCAUGAUGGCUCCUGCUCUAAUUGAAAACGCAUGUAUAUCUGCAGGGCCAUUUUGUGCCAAGUAAUUUCUGAGUAUUUAAGUAUAUUCUGAACUGCCAAGUACUGAUGAAGAAAUCACGAUUUAGUUAAAAUGCUUUUAUUGAGUUCAUCGUCUUCCUACAGCAUACAAACGUCCAUCAUAUUUUUCACUGAAAAUAAAAUCCUUAUGUAAAAAAAUGUUGUAUUUUUCAAACUCUUGUCUACAUGUUAAUUU